AUGCACAUAUCAACGUCUAGUGGGAAGUUGAUCUAUCUGACUCGCACAAGGCCAGCCAUUGCAUAUGCUGUAAUUGUUGUGAGUCAGUUCAUGCAGAACCCAACAGAAGAUCAUAUAGAAGCUGUCUAUAAAAUUUUGCGAUACUUGAAGAGAGUUCCAGGAGAAGGACUAUUGUUCUUGAAGAAUGAAAAAAUGGUCAUCGAAGGCUACAAAGAUGCAGAUUGGGCAGGAGAUCUCUUGACCAGGAAAUCAACCUCGGGUUAUCUCACUUUUUUCGAUGGCAAUCUUGUCACGUGGAGAAGUAAGAAGCAAAAGGUUGUUGCGAGGUCUAGUGCAGAAGCAAAAUUUUGA